UACUGUGGGCAGUUAGUUAGCUCUCUGCGGGUGUGUGCGUACCGCAGCCAGAGCUGCUGGCCUUGAUUGCUUCUCAGACUCUGCUGCCGUCUUUAGGCAAACCUCUGGGCACAAAGCUCGGGCUGGAAUCGGCUGAAUCUCCCACAGAUGAGACACGAGGCCGAGACGGACCAACAAGAGGUUGGAGGUUUUGUUUGAAAUGUCAUCCGUUUAAAAAUUGUAUUUCAGCGCCUCAGACUGCUGGGGGGGUGGGUGGACUCAGGGACGGUGUACCGUGGACACACAUUGUGGACUUGAGAGGAUGAAAUUUGACAUCUUGUAAGACUUUCAGGAGGACUGCGUAGACCUGAAGUGGCCAUCCAGGAAGAACAGAGGCAGCACUGAUCAGGGUUUGACUGACAAGUCUGAGCCGUAACCAUGGGAACGAGGAUGGAGGUGGCACAGCUUGAAAGCCGGAUGAACACAGAGGAUUACAGAAAGUUACAGAGCCUUUUCCUUGACUCGUCGGGUGCAUCUCGCUCCCUGUCCAGAGCUGAAUUCGUCAGUCUGGCUUGGUCAACAGUCGGACACGGGUCCAAGGAGGAAUACGGCCUCCUGUUCGACAGCGUCGUCAUCACUCAGGAGCACCGCGGCCUCCUUCUGGACCUCGACGCUGUCAAAGAAGAAGGACGUGUGGACUGGGGAGGUCUGUGCUCCUUCCUCUUGCUGGAGCUCUCUGAUAAAGUCAAGAGCACCAGAAGCGUCGGCGUUCCGCGCUGGAAGCCACCGCGCACCCUCACCUGUCCACACCGAGACCCCGUUCAAAAGGUGUUGCAGCUCCCAAGUUCAGGCCAGUAUCUGACCGUGAGUAGAGGAGGAACUGUGGGACUGUGGGACGGAGAGGACGUGUCCCUUCUACGCACCCAACGACUGCACAACAGCACAGUGGCGCCCAAGGACCUCUGGGUCACGGAUGUGGUGCAGCUGCCAAAUGUACACAAGAUAGCCGUGUCAUUCACCAGCAAAGAGGUGUGUUUUUAUGACAUGCUGUCCAAUCAGGACUUCAGCUGCAAGUAUAAACUUCAGGGUUUGAAGUUUACUCCCUGGUGUCUUGACUACUGGGCUGAUCCCUCUGACCCCGACCAGGCUGUCCUCACCAUCGGAGACAUUGGAGGACAGGUCAGUGCUCUAUAUUUCAACUCAGCCCAGAUCUCUCUAUUCGAGAGAGGCGGCCUGAGGACGGACUCUGACUCAGCAGACGUUGUCCUGUGGGAUGAGCUGGCCAAGGGCAAACAUUGCUGUUGUUACACUGUGACACACCAAGCGCAUGCACCUGCCUGGGUUAGAAAAGUACGUUACCUGGGCUCACUCGAGGCCUUUGUGUCGUGCAGCACCAGACCACAGAGCAGCGUGGUGGUCGCCUGGAGGGAAAAGGAAAGCAGGAGUCUACGAGUCACGCCUUUCGUUACAAAGAGGGGCGUGUGGGACGUGGACCACCACUGUGGUCUCGGUCUGAUCGCCACAGCAGGUGUGGAUCAUCAGGUCCUGCUGUGGAAUCCUUACGUGGCCUCCGAGCCAGUGUGUGUGCUCAGGGGGCACACAAGUCCUGUCAGCGCAGUUCGCUUUGUGCAGACCAAGCAGCAACUGCUCAGCUUUUCCAAAGACAAGGUGCUCUGUUUAUGGAACGUGUCCAGCCAGCUGUGUGUUCACCGUCUGGCUGGUGUCUUCCCAAAGAUGCAGGAGGACACGCGCACCCUGCUGUUCCUCCAGGAGGAGCGUCAACACCUUCUACUUUCAUUCAACAGCCAGCUUCUCCUGCUGGAGACCAUAAAGGAGGAGAAUAGGACCAGCAGCCAUGAACAGCCUGUUACCUGUGUGCUGUACAACAGUCUGUUCAGACAGGUAAUCAGCAGUGACUCUGCCUCCUCUGUGAUCUGCUGGCUGGCUGAUACGGGCCAAAAGGUCAAGCAGUUCUACCGGUGCCACGGUAACGCUGAGAUCUCCACCAUAGCCCUGGACGGUACACAGACCCGGCUGUUUACUGCGGGAACUGAUGGAGAGGUUAAAGUGUGGGACUUCAACGGCCGCUGCCUCCACAGAAUGAACGCCGGCCUGGGUCGGCCUGUGGACAUCUCACAGGUCCUGUUGCUGAGGAGGAGCAUAUUGGUGAUGGGCUGGGAAAGGAUGUUGACAGUUUUCCGCCUGCAUUCGUUCUCACAGUCUUCCGUGGAGCCCUCUGAGUGGAAGGGCGGCGUCCAGCAUCGCGCUGAUGUGCUCUGUGCCGCCUUCCAGCCUCCGCAGACUCUAGUCACAGGCAGCUACGAUGGAGAGAUCACAGUGUGGAACAGCAGCACGGAGAAGGCUCUGAAGAAACUGAGGGCACAUGGUGCACUCGGAGACCCCAAGAAGCAGCAAGACGACAGCUGUUUCGCCAUCACCAGAUUGUUCUUCAUACCUGGACGCACAUCUGUGACUGCAGGUGCAGAUUUGGUGUCCUGCGGUGGUUUAGGACUGGUCAGGCUGUGGAACACCCAACGCGGCCAUCUGGUGGGACAGUUUACAGCUCACAGCAGAGACCUGGGAUCUAUCGUCAUGACCGUCAGCCCCUGUGGAAAAUAUUUAGUCACCGGUGAUAAGGAAGGAACGAUCAAGACGUGGGACAUAAAGGAUUACUACCUCACACCAGAUAACGGAGUAAACAAAGAAUCCCCAGAACUAGUGUGUAGUUUCAGCCCACACCUUGAUCACGUGACUCACCUGGAGAUAUGUGUCCAUGGCGACAGGCCCCUCCUCCUCUCAGCAUCAUCAGACUGCAGUGUGGCUCUUAGCUACCUCCCUGGAGAGGCCAUUGGUUUGUUUGGACAGGAGGAUCACUGGUGUUUGGAGAGACCUGGAACACAGCACGUACAACAGGAACCUGAGCAGGACUAGAGUGACCUCCAGAGACCACCUCCAGACCCAGCAGCAGAUGAGGGGAUAAAAGAUGAGCACGAGGACGUUGUGGGACAGAUGCUGCCCUCAAAUGGUACUCAUGAGCUCAUGGUUACGACCAUGAAGUUAUGUACACAAAGUGCCUGGUCUUCAGGUGGUAACUUCAGCUGUGGGUCUUGAGAUCACUGCUGCUAGACAACAACCUUGUAACAUAAUGCAUAUUAAAAGGAUUGAGCCACUAGGAAUAUUAGCAUUUUCUUCAUAUUAUACACUGUAAGAGGAAACAUUUCAUUUUGAGGCGGGCCAUGACUACUUGUUGCCUUCAGGUGGACAUGCAACAUCAUUUGUUAGUUGAAGCAACACCUCUGCCAGGCUGAACAUUUAAAUGUCCAGUAUUUUAAAGACCGACUGAUUUAAUGUUGAAGAAAUGCAUAUUCAUUCGGAAUAUCAACGUUUUCACAUGACCUUUGACCUCUAAACACAAUAAAGACAAAACGUGUUUUGGAA